ACAGGAACAACUCAUGCAAAUACUCACAAGUCACAACCAACCCAUUAUUUCAAAAAACAAAUACCAACACAAUAAUUACUGUAUUAUAAUCUUGUACACCGCAUUUCUAUAUCCACUCCACAGCGUCUUUGCCUAUCCUUUUCGUUUACAUAUGUAGCAAAAGAAUACUUAUAUUCAUGUAUAUGUAUAAAUAUUUGGAGAGAAAAGCUUGGGAUUGACGCCAUUGUAGAUUUUGGGUUUCAGCCCACUUGUUAAAUCUUGUUGAUGUCUGAGGUCAACGAGUCAGCUGCCUGGAAGGGGGAGUUUGCGGGUCUUCUCGAUGAGGACGUUGGGAAAGUCAAUGGGUACAGUUACAGUUACUCCGCCGCGGAUGGAGGAACUCCGGUGGCGGGGGAGGGUGGGGAUUGGAGGUUUCAGGUGGCGGAGUUUGCCAAGGGGGCGGCGGAGAUGAGUGUGGAGUUUGGGAAGGGAGUGAGGGAUGUCGUGAAGCAGAGUGUAUUGAGGGAGGAUUCGGUAAUUGUGAGGAAGUUUAAGGGCCCUUGCCUGAAGAUUAUGGGAAAAUUGAGAUUCUUGAAUGAGUAUCUGCCGGAGGAUCGCGAUCCGGUCCAUUCUUGGACCGUGAUUGCCUGUGUCUGGGUUGUUGCUCUUGCAGCUUUAAUUGUAAAUAUUACUGAAACUACAACUCCGUUGGUUAAAAAGAUGAAGGUCCAUCCUGCUAGUGCUAGCCUUAUAUUGCUUCCAGAUGGAAGACGCUUAGCUUAUCAAGAGCAAGGUGUUCCAGCUGACCAAGCGAGAUAUUCAAUGAUCGUCCCCCAUUCAUUUCUUUCAUCCCGGCUUGCAGGGAUUCCUGGCCUCAAGGGUUCCUUACUGCAACAGUUUGGAGUUCGAUUGGUGACAUAUGAUCUACCUGGAUUUGGGGAAAGUGAUCCUCAUCCAGAUAGAGACCUUGAGACUUCGGCUCUGGAUAUGUUACACUUGUCAUAUUCUGUGAAUAUUACCGACAAGUUCUGGGUAGUGGGAUAUUCUGAUGGAAGCAAGCAUGCUUGGGCUGCGGUUCGUUACAUUCCUGAUAGGCUUGCGGGUGCUAUAAUGAUUGCUCCAAUGAUUAAUCCAUAUGAACCGAAAUUGACCAAAGAAGAGAGACGAAGAAUCUGGGGAACGUGGACAGUAAAGAAAAAACUGAUGUACUUUUUAGCUCGGAAAUUUCCUGUAUUACUUCCAUACUUUUAUCGAGGAACAUUCCUUUCUGGAAACCAUGGCCAGAUUAAUACAUGGCAUUACCUCUCACUCGGAAAGAGGGACAGGGCUCUGGUAAAGGACAGAGUUUUCGAGGACUUCUGGCAGAGGGAUGUCGAAGAAUCAGUUCGACAGGGAAAUGCAAAGCCAUUUGUUGAGGAAGCUGCUUUGCAGGUCUCAAAUUGGGGUUUCGGCAUUGGAGACCUCAAAGUACAGAACAAGCAUAACGGUAAAGGCAUUCUUGCAUUGCUUAAAUCAAUGUACAGUCCUUCAGAGAAAAGGAUGAGUGGAUUUCUCGGCCCGAUACACAUAUGGCAGGGAGCUGAGGAUACAGUGGUCCCUCCAGCAAUGAGCGACUUUGUGCAUCGAGUUCUACCAGAUGUCAUGCUGCAUAAGCUUCCAUAUGAGGGCCAUUUCACCUACUUCUACUUCUGCAAUGAAUGCCAUCGUCAGAUGUUCAGCAUUGUUUAUGGAGAUCCUCAAGGCCCUCUUCUCCCAAAAGAGGAUCAAACUCCGGUUGAAGACGACGAAGGAGAAGCAGAAAACAAUGAAGUAAUUUUCAGUGAUACAGCAGUAGACAAAGAAAACGUCUCUACUUUAGCCUGAGAACAUGAUCUGAGUUCCAGAAACCAUAAAUUGCAUAGGAGUCAGAGCAAAGUUAUAAUUGUCUUCUGUGUCGUAGUUUUCUGGUUAGUAGUAGAGGCAUGCUAAAGACCAGUAUACGGUAUCAUACUAAUAGGCAUUCACAGGAGAAAGUAUGUUAAAGCAGCAUCAUAUUCACUGAAAUGAGAAUUUUUGUUA